CGUUAGGCUGAAGAAGCCCAACACAUAACAACCCAAUCCAACACAAAACGGUCAACUCCUCUGCGAUCGGUUUCAUUCCAAACUUUCGAGCUAAGUGUCGGCGGUUGGAGUCACUGGUCUCGACCCAAAAAAGCUCAUUCCCCCCGAAAAUGGGAGAAGACACCUCCGACGGGAAGAUCCCCUUGUGUCCCUUCCUCACCGACAAGACCGCGAAAAUCUGCGUGCUUGGCCACCGAGGCCUCGUCGGCUCCGCCAUCGUCCGCAAGCUCCAGCACCUCGGUUUCACUAACCUUCUACUCCGCACCCACUCCGAGCUCGACCUCACGCGCCAAAACGACGUCGAAACCUUUUUCGAAGCCAAGAAGCCCCGUUUCGUCAUUCUUGCUGCGGCCAAGGUCGGCGGCAUCCACGCCAACAGCACCUAUCCCGCCGACUUCAUUGCCGUCAACCUCCAGAUCCAGACCAAUGUCAUCGACUCCUCCUACCGCCACGGCGUCCAGAAGCUUCUAUUCCUCGGAUCCUCUUGCAUCUACCCCAAGUUCGCACCCCAGCCGAUUCCCGAGGACGCGUUGCUCACCAGCCCCUUGGAGCCCACCAACGAAUGGUACGCUGUCGCCAAGAUCGCGGGGAUCAAAAUGUGCCAGGCCUACCGAAUUCAAUACGGUUGGGACGCGAUUUCGGCAAUGCCCACGAACUUGUACGGCCCGAACGACAAUUUCCAUCCCGAGAAUUCACACGUCUUGCCGGCGUUGAUGCGGAGGUUCCACGAGGCAAAGGUGAAGAAAGCGAAGGAGGUGGUGGUGUGGGGGACGGGAAGUCCCCUGAGGGAGUUCCUGCACGUCGACGAUUUGGCCGACGCGGUGAUCUUCUUGAUGGAGAGCUACAGUGGGUUGGGGCAGCUGAAUGUGGGGAGUGGGAAGGAGGUGAGCAUCAAGGAGUUGGCUGAGCUGGUGAAGGAGGUGGUGGGGUUCGAGGGGGAGCUCGUUUGGGACGCGUCCAAGCCCGACGGAACUCCUAGGAAGCUCAUGGAUUGCUCGAAGCUCGCCGAGUUGGGAUGGAGCCCCAAGAUUUCACUCAAGGAUGGGCUUGCUGAUACCUAUAAAUGGUACUUGGAGAAUGUCAAGCAAUAAGGCAGGUGAUUGAUAUUCAACACUUUCCUUUUGAAUCAUAUAUGUGGUGGAUUAUGGACAUCCAUCCUGUACUAGUUAUGUGGGAUAGUUAUUAUUUGUGAUGCUUUAUCAUUUUGUACCAUUCAUCUACAGGUAAGAGGUUUUUUUUUUUUUUUACUCUUGAGAAUUAAGUGAGCUGCCUAGCUAUUAUUCAAAACUUGGCAGAAGGUGCUAUUAUUUAUUAUUGAAUUUUAGUGAUUUUGCUCUGAAUUUUUAUAAAAAUGGCUAUGACUCUUCUGAA